AGGACUGAGAAAUUUAAUAUUUUAAUUGAAUUCUUUUUGCGAUACAUUGGCGGUAUUUUGCGGUAAAAAGACUCCAUCUGAAAAUUAAGGCUUACUAGAUUUUUACAUUUAUUUCUGCCGUUUCCCUGGACAACGGGAAAGAAAAUCGAAAACAAAUCGUCUCGUCAGUCGUCAUCAAUCCGCGUCAAAUAUUUCCGGUGCCAAUAACGCGUUUAUCCCACUUAUUGCAAGCUAGCGAGUCUUCAAAAUGCGCGAAGUACUUUCGGUCCACAUCGGCCAAGGCGGCGUGCAGAUGGGCAACGCUUGCUGGGAGCUCUAUUGCUUGGAGCACGGCAUACAGCCCGACGGUAUGUUGUCACCGCAGUCCUGCACAAGCGACGAAGGCUUCCAGACCUUCUUCAGCGAGACAGGCGGCGGAAAAUACGUACCCAGGGCCGUUUUCCUCGAUCUCGAACCAACGGUGAUAGACGAGGUACGCACGGGAACGUAUCAUCAACUGUUCCAUCCCGAGCAACUGAUCUCCGGCAAGGAAGACGCCGCGAACAAUUACGCGCGUGGCCACUACACCCUGGGCAAGGAGAUCAUCGACCUCGUGCUGGACAGGAUCCGCAAGAUAGCCGACAUGUGCAGCGGUCUCCAGGGUUUCCUCGUCUUCCACGCGUUCGGCGGCGGCACGGGAUCCGGCUUCACCAGCUUGCUGAUGGAUCGGCUGUCGAUGGACUACGGCAAGAAGGCGAAGCUCGAGUUCGCCAUAUACCCGUCGCCGCAAAUCUCCACGGCGGUCGUCGAGCCCUACAACGCGAUCCUAACGACCCACACCACGCUGGAGAACUCCGAUUGCGCGUUUCUCGUGGACAACGAGGCGAUCUACGACAUUUGCCGGCGUAAUCUCGACAUCGAGCGGCCGACCUACACGAAUCUCAACCGGCUGAUCGGCCAGAUUGUCUCCUCGAUCACGGCCUCCCUGAGGUUCGACGGCGCCCUCAAUAUCGAUCUCACCGAGUUCCAGACGAAUCUCGUGCCCUACCCCAGGAUACACUUUCCUCUGGCGACCUACGCGCCCAUCGUGUCCGUCGAGAAGGCCUAUCACGAACAGCUCACCGUGAUGGAGCUCACCUCGGCCUGCUUCGAGCCGGCCAUGCAGAUGAUGAAGUGCGACCCGCGAAAGGGCAAGUACAUGGCUUGCUGUCUGCUGUACAGAGGCGACGUGGUGCCGAAGGACGUUAACGCCUCCAUCGCGACCAUCAAGACCAAGAGGACGAUACAGUUCGUCGACUGGUGUCCGACGGGUUUCAAGGUGGGAAUUAAUUACCAACCGCCAACCGUGGUACCGGGCGGUGAUCUGGCGAAGGUGCAGAGAGCCAUGGCCAUGUUGGCGAACACCACGACAAUCGUGGAGGCGUGGGGCCGAUUGAACCGAAAAUUCGACCUUAUGUUCAGCAAACGAGCCUUUGUUCAUUGGUAUGUCGGCGAGAACAUGGACGAGAGCGAGUUUACCGAAGCCAGGGAGAAUCUGGCUGCGCUAGAGAAGGAUUACCAUGAAGUCGGCACAGAUACCCUGGAUAUCGGUGGCGAAGAAAUUUAAUCGCUAAAAGACUCGCAGUGACAAUCGCGUGCACCAAGAACGCAUGCAUUUUCGUGGGAUAAAUGAAUGUUUUUUUUUUUUAUUUAUUUAUCCGCACCAUUUUUCUAGAAUUUUUACAUUGUUUUGUUGUCCCUUUGUACAUAUUUUGUAUGUAUCGUUUUUAUUUUAGACAUACAAGUUUUUGCGCGUCUUUGUAAUAAAAAAAUUUUUAGAGCAA